CUUCCGUGAGGCGCCGGCUAUGGCCGGGCUGCAGCCUGGGGAGAUCGGAUAGAGCAACCGGCGUCAUCUGCUUGAGCCUGUGUGAAGCGAUUGGCGCUGUUCCGCAUGGCAUCCUGGGCUCUGAACUGGAGAGACAUGGAUUUGAUGGAUAGACCACUCGUUGGAUGAAGAAGUAGCUGGAUAGCCGCACAUAGAGUUGCGGUCAGCGGCGCAUUGCCCACAUGGACCCCAGGGACGAGCGGUGUCCCUCAGGGCGGGUACUGGCGCUGAUAACAUUCAUUUUAAUUUUGUCGGCGACAAUGGCAUUGAAGCACCUUCAGCGAGUGACACCGAGCUGUGUGGUGCUGUCGUGGAAGGACAGAAGGUGCUGCUGCUGCUGCCGGGGCGAGCAUGGCACCGGCGGACGUGGUGCAGAAGAUCAGUAUCAGCGCCGAGAGCCCCCGCGGGAGCGGCAGCGAGAGCAGCGGCGCGGCGUUGGCGGGCGUUGAGGGGGCCGCCGCCGGCAGCUGGAGACACAAGUGCGCGGCCUAUGUGCUGGCGCUCCGGCCCUGGAGCUUCAGCGCCUCGCUGACCCCCGUGGCGCUGGGCAGCGCGCUGGCCUACCGGGCCGAGGGAGCGCUGGACCCGGGGCUGCUGGUGGGGAGCGCCGUGACCGUGCUGGCUGUGCACGGGGCCGGCAACCUGGUGAACACCUACUAUGACUUUUCCAAAGGCAUCGAUCACAAGAAGAGUGAUGACAGGACGUUGGUGGACCAGAUUUUGGAGCCGCAGGAUGUAGUCCGGUUUGGAGUCUUUCUCUACACGGUGGGCUGUAUCUGUGCUGCCGGGCUCUACGCUGUCUCCACCCUCAAGCUGGAGCACCUGGCCCUGAUUUACUUUGGAGGACUUUCCAGCUCCUUCCUUUAUACCGGAGGGAUUGGAUUUAAAUACGUCGCGCUCGGCGACGUGGUGAUCCUGAUCACCUUUGGGCCCCUGGCUGUCAUGUUUGCCCACGCAGUGCAGGUUGGGUACCUGUCCCUGUCACCCCUGCUCUACGCCGUCCCUCUGGCCCUCAGCACUGAGGCCAUCCUGCACAGCAACAACACGCGGGACAUGGAGUCGGACCGGCAGGCGGGAAUUGUCACCCUGGCCAUCCUCAUCGGCCCCACCUUCUCCUACAUCCUCUACACUGUGCUGCUCUUCUUGCCCUACCUGAUUUUCUGUGUGCUGGCCACACGCUACACCAUCAGCAUGGCGCUGCCGCUGCUCACCAUCCCCAUGGCAUUUUCACUGGAAAGGCAGUUCCGCUGCCAGAACUUCCACAAAAUUCCUCAGCGGACAGCCAAGCUCAAUCUGCUGCUGGGCCUUUUCUAUGUUUGUGGCAUUACAUUGGCACCAGCUGGUGCUCUGCCCAAGCUGUGAGAAGAGCUGCUCAUAAUUCACUAUUCAUGUUAAUUAACAGUGGAUGUUAUGAAUAAAUGGCCCAUUAUGGACAGUAAGAAGAAUGGGAAGACCACCUUGCUCUGUUGAUAAUGAAUGUUGUGGUUUCUGGUCUUGGAUAGAUUAUAUAACACAGUUUAUACUCUCAAAAAGUGAUUUAUCAGUUCUUCAGAAGGGGAGGACUGUGUGGCUUUGCUUUGAGCAGCAAGGUGGCAUAAGGUCAUGGAAAUGUUUAAAGAGCCUCAUCCUUCUGCCACCUAAUUUUUUCACUCCAUGAAAGUGAGUGAACUCAGUUCAAUGAAAGAUAGAGCCUCAAAUCACACUCUCCAUUCACUUCACAAGCACAAUGAUUUCCCUUAUCACUUCUUUUCUUAGAGUGGUGGAGGAGUCCAGUGGCUCCCACGUGGGAAUCAGAAAACACUGCCAAACGUUUAGUAUCACAAUGUAGGUGCCAUUAAUUCACCCUCUUGUAUUUCAUCUUCACUGUAGUAUGUUUUAAUUUUUGUUUUGUUUUUCCUAGCCAGAUUUUGAGAUUUUAUUUCCAAGCCCCCUGAAAUGCACUAGAUACUGAUUCAUGAACUAUUGCUUCUGCUUGUCCCAGAUAGUCUAGACAUUUCAAAGUUAUAAAUCUUUGUGGGUUGUAGUGCUAAAAUGGAGCCCCCUGCACAAACUUAGGCCAAAACCAGUAAAUCUGUAUUCUGUUAAAAAAGUGAAGCUGUAAAUGCAAACCAUGCAACUGGAAAGCCCUUAAUGGGUAGAAAAACAAAUGGUUUCCAUUUUUGAAUUUGCUUAGAAUUUACUCUCUGAAAUGACAGUUUUUGAGUUAGGGGGAGCUGACAGAGGGGCCACAUUUCUCUGAAUAGCUAUGGAUUAAUGGAUACACAGGUGGAAAAGAAAUUCUUGAUUUUAAAAGAGCUUUUUUUUUUCCAAUUUGUUUUUCUCUGUUUAUUUAGAGUGUUAUUCAGAGUAUUAUAGUGAAAUGCCUUAUUAUAAGAAGCCCAGUUCACCAAAGAAGAAAGAUAGAAUGUUAGAAAAAACAAAUCUGGAUUAUUGCAUUGGCUCUGCAUAAAAAUUAGGACUGGAAAUUGGAAGAAACCAGUUUUUAAACAAGAUUUUUCCUAAUGGAAUCCAGAGUUUGUGUUACUCAAUCACAAUUAAGUGAUCCCUGAAGGAAGUCCCCCACUCUACACCUUACAGCAUUGCUUUGUUUUCUCCUGCAGCUCUUGCCACUUGCUGUUCACGUGGCCCUUUGGAGAGCUGAUUGUUUCAGCAGCUCUGUGAAAAACAUGCCAAACAAAAUGGGGAAAAUUUGUGCCUUCCAGUGCAAAGAUGGAUUUGAUCCAUAAGAUAUUACUUAGUGGCAACUGAAUUCUCUUCUGUGUUAUUUAGUAUCUGUCAGUUUUCCUGAAAAGCUCCUGUGCAGGAGCUGUGAUAAGCUCAGAGGAGUUGACAAAGGUGUUGAACUGGAGCUCCUGGUGCCAGGUCACAUCCUUGAACAAGUUUGUGUGUGUGUGAACCAUUGGGUCAGGCUUUUACACAAGCAAUAAAGUAGCAAUAAACUCACGUGGUGUUACCCUGCAGCUGUCACAGGUAGUUAUGCCCUCAUGGUGUAAAUCUGAAAGAGCCAAGUGUCCCAUUGGUGGGUUGUAGUGACAGCAGUGAAGCUGAGUUGAUGGUACCAGAUUACAUGGUGCAGCUAUUUAGAGACUAGUUUUAUUCAUGCUAUCCAGUAGUUCUAGCUGAGCUGAAGUUAAUGGGGAGGAGUCUUUGCAGGCCUAUUUAAUGAGCCACAGUUUAAUAUUUUAUUUAUUAAAAUGGGCAAAUGAUCUCUCUAAUCUGGCUAGGCACGGAACAAGAAGAAAUGGACUUCAGCAGCUGCUUUCUACAGCAAAAUACUUGCUAGGAUUAAAAACACAAGGAGAAAAUGCAAGAGUUCAGCUUGGAUGGAGGGGGAUAUCCAGAAGGUUUUGGAAACUAUUCAGUGCAGAUGUACAAAACAGAAUUUCUGCUGUUGCUUCUUUGUGGACCUAGAGAAUGAAGAAGAGCCUAGCUCAAAUAUCCAUUUCACAUUUCUGUAUACCAAAAGCUUUUGUAGGGAUAAGUAAGGGCUGAGCUGACAGGUCUAUUAACCUUGCAACUGGGGAUAUGCAAGUUUCUUGGGUUAAUCCUGCCCUCUGUAGCAGCUGUGUGCUUCAUUUUAGGAUAGCUUGGUUUUUAACAGCUAUCCAUUUCAAAGAAAUGGUUAGUUAUCUUGUCUCUACUUUUUUUACAAAAACUAGAGCACUCCAGCUAAAUUCCUUCAAGUAACUUGGCUUGUAUCUUUGAUAACUGUAAUUGUAAUAAUGGGAAGAUCAUUGGUGCCGUGGAGUUUGUAACUCUUUCUGUAUCUUGACUACCUUUUCUUGGGUAGGAUGUCUACUUAGGGCUGGAAAGGACCAGUGCUUUUUGUUACUAAGAUGAAACAGCUCAUUAUUACAAAAAUAUAUGUGUGGAACACUUUCUGAGGUAGGGGGAAUGAAAAGUAUUUUAAUAGUAAAAUUGAGAUGAAAAUUUGGUAAUUUCUUAUUAGCAAAUGCUGGUUGCCUUGAAUUCCCUCUCUUUGAUAAACAGUAUCAUUCCAGGUUCUUAAGGAUAUUAGUAAUAACUAACACAUUCUUCACCAUGGUGUUGAGGAAGUCAUUUAACUUCUCUGUGUCUCAGAAAACAGCUAAUUUUUGCCCACCUUACAGGGUUGCUGAGCUGACAUCAUUGUCAUAAAGAGCUUUGAAAGUAAAAAGUGCUUUAUCUGUGUGCUUUCCAAAAAGCUUGUUAGUGCUAGAAAACAUUUUAGAUAUGAACUGUCAUAAAGGGUGACUUAACCAAUGUAAUUAGGCCAAAAUAAUCUUUACAUAUAAUCAGUGAGUGGUAAGAGAGGUUCAUUUAUUGGUUUGCUUUGUGAUGAAGAUGAUGGGUCUCUUCCCCUACCCCACUUUUCCCUGUCUCAUGCUACUUACUCUGAAUAGAAACUUUAGAAACUUCUUUCAGGUCACUCCUGCUGAGCUGUAUUGCAGUGUGAUGAAUGUGCACUGGUAGAUGAACUGAUCUGUAGCCCAUCUGUUAAUGUGUUCUAAAGCACCUCCUGGCCUUUCUUCAAACCCAAUAAACUGUCUGAAUGUUACUCAGUUAAUUAUGCUAUGUUUGAUUCUUUUAUAUUACUCAAGUUGUAUUUUUGCACAUGGAUUAAAACAUGGUCAUGAAAUAAAAAAAGAAGGUCUUCA